CAAAUACUAGCAUCAAUGUCAAUAGUAUCACAAGUAGUUAACCAUAAAGUCGAAGAGCUUGAUCUUUCUAUUCCAUAUUACUUGGAAUCCAAUUUGUUUACCUUGCCUCAUUGCCUUUUUACUUCCGAGACAUUGAUUUCUUUGAAGUUACAUAUGACUCAGGUUGCCUUAAACAAUUUUCCAACCUCCAUAUUCUUACCCAGGCUUAAAACCUUGUAUCUCGAUUACAUUAAAUUCCAGGAUGAGCACUCUGCUCAGUUCCUUCUCUCUGCCUGUCCUGUCCUUAAAGAGUUGUAUAUAGACAACUGUGGGUGGACCGAAACAACAAAAAUUACCAUUUCUAUUCCCACCCUUUUGACAUUAUCCCUUAUUUUCUUCGACGAAAAUCCUCCAGAUAUGUCAAUAAAGAUUUGUACUCCAAAUCUUUUAAACCUUUACUACACAAGUUCUUUGCAAGUCGAACUCAUAGCUUGUAACCUAUCUUCGGUGAUUCGUGCUGAAGUUGAUGUUUUCGGUUGGUUGAGUUAUGACCAACGAGUUCGAGUUCAGGCUGCUCAUCGCACUCUUCGAUUAUUGAAAGCAAUUCGGGGUGUCAAAUUUCUUGAACUAUCAUAUGAAACACUUCAGGCUAUCUCAUUUGCAGAAAAUUUCCAAGCUAAUCAUCUUCCUACAUUUUAUAACUUGACCGAUUUGAAUGUAAACUUCAACUUUGCUAAUCGUGAUGGAGCUGCACUGAUGCAUGUUCUUCAAAAGUCACCAAAUCUACGAUCUCUACACUUUCCCCAAGGAUUUGAUGAGGAAUAUCAGAAGCAUGUUAUACCGGUUAAGGAUAAUGCAGAAGAGGUUCGAUUCUUAAAUAUAUACUCAAGAAUGCUAAGGCUUUGGAGUGGUUUUCAGUCCAUUGCUCAGAAGAUCUAUCAGAAGACCUGGGAAAGAAGGAGGGGAUAAACAGUGAGUUGAGGCAGCUCUUUAGCUCAUAUUGUGUGCAUGUGUUCAUGUAGAAGUAGUGCUGUGCUAUAGGCCAUGGUUAAGGGGUUAUGUAAUUCAAAGUUUCAUUUAAACAUGUAAUUAUGACUUGUAAGGUAGAGAUUAAACAGAGUUUGUUUCUGUUUUUGUCUUGCUUUUUGAAAAAAACCCAAUCCUUCUAACUUGAAUUGUCAUUCAGACACCUGGGUUUUGACAAGAGACACUUGGGUUUUGACAAUAGCUGAUGAAGACAACACUUGUGCUUAAUCAAUACAGUUCGGUGCAGUCGAGGCUCAGCUGGCAUUUUAGAUAUAUAUAUAA